GGGCGGCGGUUUGUGGUUUGCGGUGGGGGGUGAUGGAGUCUGGACUGUCCCUCAAAGUCCGCGAGUAGUCGGCCAAGACAGGGCAGUCCCAUGAUCUGGGGGCAAGUCUGAGACUCUAUCUUUCCUGAGGAGAAUGUGACAGUGAGGAGCUUUCUGGCAUUGGAUACACUGUAACCGGAUCCAGGUUUCAGGCCAUUACUUCAUUUUAACAUGGAGAGUGCAGCUGGAGCUGGCAGGGCUACAGAUGAUUUUGUAAGGUUGAAGACAAACUCUCCAACGCUAGAGGAAGAUGAUUACGUUCAAAAGCUGUUGUUGACUCUUCCUCCUCGUGAUCGCCUUGAUUGGGAAGAGACUAUCAGUGCAAUGGCAAGAAGUGCUGACCUUCCUGAUCUCCCUGGAGAACUCCCUCUCCGCCCAUGUGGAAGCACUGCCAGUAUGAAAGUCAAACACGUCAAAAAGAUGGCAUUCACGAAAGGUCACUUUCCCAAACUGGCAGAAUGUGCCCAUUUCCACUAUGAGAAUGUUGACUUUGGCAGCAUACAGCUGGCGCUGACAGAGGAGCAGAGUGAUACAAGCAAGAAUGGUGCCGACACCAAAGAACUUGUGUUUCUGGUUCAGGUCUCCUGUCAGGGCAGAAGUUGGAUUGUGAAGAGGAGUUAUGAAGAUUUCCGGGUGCUGGAUAAACACCUCCAUCUCUGCAUUUAUGACAGGCGUUUUUCUCAGCUUGCCGAGCUGCCGCGGACGGAUUGGCUGAAGGACAGUGCAGAGGCAAUUACCCAGAUGCUAAUGGCAUAUUUAGCCCGACUCAGUGUCAUAGCAGACAACAAGAUCAACUGCGGUCCUGCUCUCACCUGGAUGGAGAUAGAUAACAAAGGGAACCACCUACUUGUGCACGAAGAGUCCUCCAUCAAUGUUCCUGCCAUUGCUGCUGCACAUGUGAUCAAACGAUAUAUUGCCCAAGCUGCAGAUGAAUUGUCCUUUGAAGUUGGAGAUAUAGUGUCUGUUAUAGAUAUGCCCCCUAAAGAAGAUACCACGUGGUGGAGGGGAAAGCAUGGGUUUCAGGUUGGAUUCUUUCCCAGCGAGUGUGUGGAGCUCAUUAAUGAUAAAGUUCCUCAUUCUGUGACUAGUGCAAUGCCAAAGCCAGUUUCAAAAAAACAUGGUAAACUCAUCACCUUCUUGCGCACCUUCAUGAAGUCACGGCCAACCAAACAGAAGCUGAAACAGCGAGGAAUCCUGAAGGAACGUGUGUUUGGAUGUGACCUAGGUGAACACCUGCUCAACUCUGGUCAUGAUGUCCCUCAGGUGCUCAAAAGCUGCACAGAGUUUAUUGAGAGGCAUGGAGUUGUGGACGGGAUCUACCGACUUUCAGGAAUUGCAUCAAAUAUUCAGAAGCUACGACAUGAGUUUGACUCUGAGCAGAUUCCCGAGUUAACAAAGGAUCUUUACCUCCAGGAUAUCCAUUGUGUUGGGUCUCUGUGUAAGCUCUACUUUAGAGAGCUACCAAAUCCACUGUUAACCUACCAGCUGUACGAGAAAUUCUCAGACUCUGUAUCAGUGGCUUCAGAUGAGGAUCGCUUGAUUAAAAUUCACGAUGUCAUCCAGCAACUUCCUCCUCCUCAUUACAGGACCCUGGAGUUCCUGAUGAGGCACCUAGCUCGAUUAGCGACUUUCAGCUACAUCACCAACAUGCAUACUAAGAACCUGGCUAUUGUUUGGGCUCCAAAUCUUCUCAGGUCCCGGCAGAUUGAAUCCGCCUGUUUCAGUGGUACUGCUGCCUUUAUGGAGGUUCGGAUUCAGUCGGUGGUGGUGGAAUUUAUCUUGAAUCACGUGGACAUGCUGUUCAGCUCCAAAAUCAGCUCAGUAAUGCGAGAAGGAGCAGGGCAUGCAUCUCUGUCUCGGCCGAAGUCCUUGCUGGUGUCAUCCCCUUCCACCAAACUACUCACCCUGGAGGAGGCCCAAGCUCGAACACAGGUCCAGAUCAUCUCCCCUAUGAAUUCAGACAGCAAGUACAUCGAAGUAGGUGAUGGGCCUGCAGCUUUACAGGGCAGGUUCCACACAGUCAUCGACUUCCCAAUUGACAGGAAGAGGACAACCAGCAAACCCAAGAAAUCACCUGUUGGUACUUGGCGCUCUUUCUUCAACCUGGGCAAGUCUUCAUCUAUAGCCAAGCGGAAACUGCACCGUAAUCCCAGUGAACCAACUCAAAUGAAAUCCAUGGUUUUCACAGCAAGGGGUGAUUCAGGAACACUUCGGUCUGCUAAAAGUGAAGAAUCUCUCUCAUCUCUACACAAUGUUGAAGGAGAAUCCAAGGUGUACAGACCUAGAAGGCCUCGGUCUAGCAGCGAUGCUCUCUCUGUUUCUUUCAAUGCUGGUGGGCUUCCUGGUCUCAACCACUGUAACUCAUAUGACAACCUACCCAAUGAUGAGAGUGAAAGAGAGGAAGGUGUGCACCCAAUGCCUGCACUCUUGUCUUCCAGAAUGGAGGAUGUAGAACUGAGUCCACCCGAUAUGGGAGCAGCUAGUUUGGACUUCGAUCCAAUGUCAUUUCAGUGUAGUCCACCAAGGACAGAACAUGCAGGUCCUGACAGCAUUUCAUCUCCGGUGGAUUCUUCAGCCAGUGGCAAAGACAAGUCAAAUAGCAGCAAGAAGGAAUCAGAUUUGGGUAGUGCCUGCCUUACCCCUGGUAGUGCUACUAGUUCUGAACCAGUAUCUCAUUCCCCUGAUAAGCUGAUAAGUCCCUUCUUCUCUCCAGAUCUAAGUCCCACUGAUGAGAAGCUUGCUAAACCAACUUCUUUUGCAGAAAAGGUAGUUCAUGCUUUCUCCCCAAAAAUUGGACGCAAGUCACCCAAGUCUCCUCUGUUGACCAUCUCUGAACCAAUGACCAUUUCUGUACCAACCCGAGUAUCUGAAAUGAUUGGCAGUAUGGCAACUGUUUCACUGGGUUCAUCGCCACCUCAGACAAAUCCAGCAGGGAGUGGCAAUGUGAGCAAGUCACCUCCUCAAAUGAUGUCAAUGCUGCUGAAAACUAGCGACAUGCAACUACCUGAGGGAUGUCGUCAGGAGAUCCACACCAAGCUUUCUGCUGCAGGGUCAGAGGCCAGAGAGCAAAUCCCUGAUUGGCAUGAUCAGACCUCUCACUACAAGGCUAUCGCGACUACCCAAUCACAAGCAGCGUCAAAGUGGGAAAGCUCAAACUGGCAUGAACUGACCAACCAAAACAAGACUACAUCAUCUACCGGUUCACAAAUUGGGACUCCAGGUCAAAGUCCAGACUGGUAUGAACUGACCGAUCAAAACAAAACUGCACCACCCACCAAUUCACAAGCUGGAAUUAAAGGGCAAAGUUCAAACUGGCAUGAACUGACCAAUCAAAACAAGACUACACCAUCUACCAAUUUACAAAUAGGGGCACCAGGACAAAUCUUAGAUUGGCAUGAACUCACCAAUCAAAACAAGACUACAUCAUUUGCCCAUUCACAAUCGGAGGCAAAAGGACAAAGUCCAGACUGGCAUGAACUGACCAAUCAAAACAAAACAAUACCAUCCACCCAUUCACAAACAGUGACACCAGUGGAUUAUUCAGCAGCGACUCCAGUGGAAUCCCCUCAGGAGGCUCCUCCAGUUAGCUCUGUGCCUCUCCUUCCACCACCACCACCUCCAAAAAGCGCUGCUCGCUUGCUGGCGUUGGCUCUUGCUGAGAGUGCCCAGCAGGCCACUGCACAGUCUCAGAAAAAACCUCAGCCUGGGCGGCAAAUCUCAGGGGAUCACAACCUUCACAACAUCCCUGUUACAGACCCAUGCUCAGUGUCAGCUUCUUCAGCACCUCCUACAACAGCUAGCUAUCAGUUAACUGGGCAGCCAACUGUCGAAUCACAGCCUGCCACAGGCCAAGUCCCUCCUGGUACUACAGCAGGGCCCACAGCUUCAGGUCAGGUUCGGACAGCAGUUUCUGCAGGGCCUUCCUUGAAGACAUCAGAGUCACGUGCUCCAGAGCAGUCGGGAUCAACUUUCAUCUCCGAUAACAGCUAUGUUACCCGCCCAACCGCAGUUAUGGCCAUUCACAGUGGACAUCAUGAGAAAACAAGAGACAACGUCCAAGCACCAGCUGUAAAACCAAGAGCUGACUCUGUGCCAGUGGAUCGUAGUGCUUACAGUAACACUCCACAAGUGCCGCACCUCCGAUCAGUAGAAAAUCGGGUGCCUCCUAGUCAUUCCAUGUCUGAUACCAUUAAUGCCUCCAACUUCCAUUCAUUCCUAGCUUCAACAACCAUACCAUCAUCUAUUGAGGAUGCUUUACCCCCACCUCCUCCUCCUAAACCACCUUUUCUUUGCCAGUCACAUCCCUAUCAUUCCAAGUUGGAAAACUUGCCAGAUUUAGACAAACACUUCCAACAGAAGAAUGCUCAUUCAGCGCAGUCACUAGUCUACCAGUGUCGGGCUGAGAGUGUCCCCCAGCACUUGUCCUGCCAGUCUAAAUCUGAGAGCACAUCCCAGCAUCUUUUGUAUGGUACGCGUCCUGACAAUAUUCCCUCAGCCACAUCGCGAUUCAACAGUUUUUCAAGCCAGCCAAAAGCAGUGUCCGUUCACCUUUCCAAGUCUCGACUUUCAAGGUCAGACUAUGUUCCUGCCAUGAGGGCAUUUGUGUGCCCACAUUCCCAGUUUGAGGAACCAGUGUAUCCCACAAUAAGACGGGUUCACUCUCUGCAUGUACCUCCAUCUUCCGUAAGAUCAGUUCCCAUUUCAAGAACUGAGGUGCCUCCAGCUGAUGAACUCUUCUAUUAUCAGAGACCCAUCUAUCAGUAUAAGCCAUGCCACCCACCACCACUUCAAUCAGAUUAUCAUGUUACUCAGCUGCAACCAUACUUUGAAAAUGGCCGAGUUCAGUACAGGUACAGCCCUUACUCCACUUCUGGGCAUAACCUACACGGAACUGAUGGUGUGAUUUAUGAUUUUGCAGAUCCCUAUGGUUCGAUAAGACUGAGACAAUUCCAUUCUUUUACCAGUCGAGACAUCCCACCUUAUACUGGCAGAUUCCAGGGUAAAGUUUUUCCAUAUCCCAAUGCACCUCCUUACCCACGCAGUGGUGCCCAUGCCAAUGCAAUGAGUAGAGAGCACAGUUUUGUAAGUCGGGAUGUGCCUCCAUCUCCAGAUGUGAAAAUGACCCAUAUGAUGUGGGAUCCAGAGGAGUUGGAGAAAUCCCGCUUCCAGUCCAUUCGGCGUGAAAUCCGCAGCCGGCAAAAGAACAAAGGCUUAGUGAUGUCACAGUAUGACAACGUGACCCCUGUCUUACAGGAAGAAUUUGGUGGGCUAGAGAUCCUGCAUUCAAGAAGUAAGUCUGAUCCUGGGAAAACUGGUGCCCUGGCGAGUGAGGGAAAGGAAAGGUGGUAUCCUGCCACCUCAAAGACUCCUGAUCCUGAUCCACCAUACAGCUAUCAGCAGUCAGACUGUGAACUCGAUAGUGGGGCACAUAUCGAACCAUUGGCUCUCCAUCAUGGAUCUUUUGGAAAUGGACAGCUUGAGAAACCAGCACCACCUCCGAUACAAAGCACCAGCAGGACCAGGAGGCUACAUGAAUCUCCCUGUGAUCUGUCACGGUACGAUUCCUCUCAGAGGCCCUCUGCAGAUUUGAAAGGGGGACAAAUAUACAGUGCACACACUGCAAUUCCAGCAGGAUAUGGGUUGAAGCAUCGGCCUGACCACACGGAAUCACGAACAUAUCCAUCUGCAACCGGUAAAUAUGUGCUUUCUUCUCAUGAGCCUUUACGGAGUUAUGAAGAUUCCUUCCGGGCAGUAAGUGAAAGGCCAGAACUGGAAAGACCCAAAGUGAGGGGGACUGGUGGGGACCAUUCUUCACGAGACUACUACAGCGAGGAGGAGGAGGAUCCUGCCAGGCCAUUGGUAUCCAACCAACCUGAGAGAAGUUACAGCACCAGAUUCCAGCAGCAGCUAGAGCCUUUGGUUAGGGAACAAUCUCUCUCAUACCCAUACCCUUGCUUAGGCCACUCGGGCAGUAAGCGGCACAGUACAUUGACAGUGAUGUCUCAGUAUGAUAACUUGGAUGACUAUCACACACUGUCACAGCAGCAGAGGGGAGGCCUAGGAGGAAGUGCACCAUUUGUACCCCUGGGCUUCAGUCAUCCUCAAGGGAGGACAUUCAGCACUGCUUUAGGCCAGGGAAGCUUUGUAACAGCAGAGUUGGCAUUGCAGAGGUCUGAAGCAGAGGUACAUGUGGAAUGAAGAGAAAUUUUACCCUGUGCAGUCUCUGCUGGGCAGUAGACUGUUUUAUUUUUGAAAAAAAGAUAACCAGAGUACUGUUUUUAAACACAAAAUAUGAUGAAUAUUGGAUCUUUUGUGUUGUGUAUUUAGAGUACGCGUAUGAAACGUGAGACUGCGUUUGUGCCCUUGGUGAAUGACUCUCGCUCAGUGUUAAUAAUCGUCAGAAUACAGCCUAGUGGCUCAAUAGUUAAGGGAAUGAUCUUCCUUGUAUGUUUUUAGUGAGAAAAAUGAUUUGGGUCAGUGAAGCUGCUGAGGAGAGUUUGUUACCUCUCUGCCUCUAUCAGUAACCCCUUACUCCUUGUCCCCUCCUCCUGUUUGUUUUUUCUCUUCUCUUCUGGCACCACCACUACCAGCACCACCCCCACGACCACAACAACUGCAGGGCUGGCUCUGCAUUUAUCAACUUUGUGCCUCCUCAUUUCUUCCCCAGCUUCCUGCACAAAAUACACCCCCAUAAACCCCAACCCCAGUUGCCCAGUUACAGGUCUGGCUGUGCCUCUGUAAAGACAUCCCAUCCCCAGCCAGAGUUAACAGUGGAAUGCUUAUUCUUCCAAUCAAUUCUUCUUCAUAUUUAUCUUAGUAACACAGUGUUUGACAGAGUUAUUGCUCCACUAUUUUUGAAACUCUGUUCAUUAGAAGCACAGAGCUAGCCCUGCACUUGAGUCUUGUAACUUCAGGUGUAGUGGGAAACAUGAUUAGGUGAGAAGAGCAGCAAAGAAAUGGCAAUAGAUAUUGCAGAAUGGCAACAUCCACGUGCCAACGGGUAAGCUUAGUGCCAGCCAUAUCUAACAGCGACUGGGGCUUGACAGGCUGUGAAUUCAGCUGAUAAUAAAUAUAUCUACUUUAUCUUAACUAUGCUUGUAUGUAGAUACUAACUAACUGUUCCAGGGUUGAAACUAAAUAAGACUUCCGUAUCAGACUACACCAUCUAAUUGAAUACAUCAAAGCUUUAUCAUUUUCAUGACUAGUUUGAAUCCAGUAUAUAAAUUGCACGUAACUACACAAUUCCCUUGUGAAGGAAUCCUUUCCAUGUCGCUGUGCUCUGGCUGGGUUUGUGCUAUCGUUAUGGUAUAAACAGAAGCAACAAAGCCUUUGCCCUGCUACCAGGUGAGCAAUGCUGUACUAUGCACUUGGCCCAUGUGUCAGAGGAGCUCCUGAGCACGAGGAGGCUGGAACUUCAUGUAAGCUGAUAAUGUAGGCCUGAAAUAUGUUUGUUUUGAAUUUGAGCCAUUGUCACCUCCCUUGCCCUGUUUGGACUGCCCUUUCUUGCAGACAUUUAAAGGUGUUUCAGACUAAUAUUAAUGUUUGUGCACUGUCUGCAGGGAAAGCAGUAACACUGUGAAAUACUCAAACAGACCUCGUGUUUCCGAGUCAAUUGUGUAGAUUUGUUAAUAUUGUUCCUAUAAUUUACAGAGUGACAUUCAGUAAACUAUUUAACUUGGGAAAGGAUAUUAAAACUGUGAUUAUUUUUGUAGCGAUGCUCAUCCUGUGCACAAAUGUUAUGGGACAAAUAUUAUUGAAUUAUUGUACGAGUCAGUAAUGACCACUGGGACCCGCUAACCUUAACUCUGCCCUGCAGUGGCAUUGUUCAUGUUGGUUUAUCCCACCGUUCGCUCUCAGAAUUUAAAGCAGGUCAAUUUCGGACACAAUCUUCCACAAUGAAAACUGAACCAAAUAAUUGGAUAUCUCUUUGUUAAUGAUCCCAGCACCUGAAAUGAUUUCCCUGUAUUUCCACUUAUAAUACACAGAUUACAGGCAGUACUUGGCAGAGAUAUAAUCUGCUUUGGCUCAGGGCUAUUGAAGAGCCCUUGAUCCCUUGAUCUGUAGAUCUUCAAGUAGUGUUCAGAUAUUGAGAUUGAACUUCACAACAUUUUCCUCAGUCAUUUAAAUGGUGAGUCCAGAUAUUUUAAGAAAUUGUGCAAAAUAGUGUGGGGGAGGUGAGUUUACAGGCUGGUUGUUACAUCUUUAUAAAUAAGAACAGAAAAUGCAGGAAAUAUUCCGGUGGGUCAGCUGACAUCUGUAGAUAGAGAAAGAUGAGCAUUAAUGGCUUAGGUGAAAGAUCCUUUUUCAGAGCUGAAAGAUGCUUGAAGUUGAUAGUUUUUAAGAAAGUACAGAAGCAAGGAAAGAGAUCAGGAAAGAAAAAAGGGAAGUUUGAUAGUGUGGAGGACAGGAGUGAAUAAAUGACGAGAAGAUACUGUAAGGCAAAAGGAAUUGACAGUGAGUCAAGUGUAGAAACAUUGAUCCAGAAAGAAGAAUAACAAAACAUUGGAAAUAUUCAGUUGACCAGGCAGCAUUUGUUGCGUGAGCAGCAAAUGUUAAUAUUUUAGCUAAUGAUCUUCCUGAUUGGGCCAUAGGAUUUCACUGUCUGCUGGGACUGAUUCUCCAUUACCAGUCUAUGGUGUUGAUGUUGACUUUUCUGGUAAAUCCAUAAAAACAAAUCAUAAAUAGUGAAAAAGUGAAGAAAUAGUGAUUUGACUGAACAUUUUACUGUUGGAAUGACAAUUGGAAUUUUGUGUUUUUAAAAAAAGAGCAAAUUACAGGGAACAAAUGCAGCCUUGCAUACUGUGUGUAGGAUAUAUAUGUAGGACGCAUUAUGCGUUUUGGAGACGUGGAGCAGGGGCAGUGAAGAAUCCAUUUUAUCCACUAUUCUGUCAAAUGUCAUUUAGCACAAGCCAAUGACCAUCCAGCAGCAUUCCAGUUGUGUAUAUUGAAACCUUGUUAGACCUACUAAAGUAUUUACUAUUGGCUUGAAAUUUGUAGGAAUAACAAUAAAACAGGUCAAAAUGCAAACAAGCCUCAACAGUUAGAAAUCGUAGUUCUACUGGUCUCUGAAAGAGAGGCUAAUUUCAGGUGGUGCAACUGAUGUGAGAAAUUAGAUUUGAUGAGAUUCCACUAUUGCUUAUUGAAUGGUGGAACACAUUCCAGUGAGAGGGCUUUCUCUUAUUCAGUUUCUUAUGAAACCAUUAUACGAGACCUGAUGGAUAUUUCUGGCAUUUUCUGUUUCGUCUCAGUUUAGCAGCAUUUCCAGUGUCUUUUUGCUGGGAAUGAAACCUCUGGGGGCAAAAGCAGAUUUCUUGUAAGAGGUGGGAUAACAAACAAGAACAAUGAUUUCUGCUCAGUAACAUAUCUAUGCUGUAAUGUCCAUAGUUCCCAAAGCAACAAGCCCAUUUCAAUCCCUGCAAAAUACUCCAUCUAAACAUUGUAAAAUGGGAUCUGAAUUGUUUCUGAUUAUCGAACAAUGCAUCAUCUGUCUUGAUAUAUGAAGGGAUCAGUGUUGCAACAGCUCCAGUUAGAGCUAGCUAGUUUUUACAAACUGUGGGAACAGUGUGAAGUAUAUAUUUCACCCAGUGCCUGAAGAAACGGGUCAAGAUGUUAGUGCUUAACUCAUGCUGAUAAGACAUACAACAUUCGAGAAGUAAAUCAGUGGUAUUCUUUAGGACAAAUUUAACAGCCCAACUUUGCGACACUUCUGAAUUCCUGAUGGAUGUCAGACUGAGUCAUCUAAUUGUGUCAAUUGCUACAUGUAAUUGAUCUUUUUUCUGUGUCUUUUUGGGUUUUAUUUUGUGUCUUGGUGUAAAAUGUGGAAAGCAAAGCUGAUGUAACUAUGUGUAAAUACUGGAUUCUGUUUGUGAUUCCUGUACAUAUUGGACACUUCCUGCUGCUGCCAACCUUGUAUUGAAACUGGAGUUGAUUUUUCUGUUUUUUUUGUACUGUACAGUGAUGAGCUGGACUUGCACAAUUCAGCAGUGUCGCAUUGUUCCAUUAUAAGGAUCUCAGCUGCAUUACAUAAAAAAGACAACA